GCUCGCUCCCUCCCUCCCUCCCGUUCUCGCUACACCACCACCACCACCACCACCAACUCAACCCACUGCCUCUUCCCCCUCCGCUGCGGACCUACCGAAGCCACUGCAGUGAAUCCGUCAUCCGUCGACUGAAAGCCCGAGAAGAAAAUCCGAGCGACGCGCCACUGCGACUUCCUCGCUCAGAAAAAUAACCGUCACCGACAGCGCCCGUUGAGUUCCGUGAGAUUCUGCACAAGGCGAAGACAACCCCGGCGACAGAAUGGGAAACGAGGCGAGUUAUCCCUUGGAGAUGUGCUCACACUUUGACGCUGAUGAGAUUAAAAGACUAGGAAAGCGGUUUAAGAAACUCGACCUGGAUAACUCAGGUUCUCUCAGCGUGGAGGAGUUUAUGUCUCUACCGGAGUUGCAGCAGAACCCGCUGGUGCAACGAGUCAUCGAUAUAUUCGACACAGAUGGAAACGGAGAAGUGGACUUUAAAGAGUUCAUUGAAGGUGUCUCUCAGUUCAGCGUCAAGGGCGACAAGGAGCAGAAGCUCCGCUUUGCAUUCAGGAUUUAUGACAUGGAUAAGGAUGGCUACAUAUCCAACGGAGAGCUGUUCCAGGUGCUCAAGAUGAUGGUAGGGAAUAACCUGAAGGACACCCAGCUGCAGCAGAUCGUCGACAAAACCAUCAUUAACGCAGACAAGGACGGGGACGGGAGGAUAUCUUUCGAGGAGUUCUGCGCUGUGGUUGGUGGCUUAGACAUUCACAAAAAGAUGGUGGUGGACGUGUGAAGAGACGGAACAGGCCCUUCACUGAACACCCUCUUUUUCACUUCUCCAUUUCUGAGAAUCAGCUCCAGAUGUUCCGCUAACACGCUCUCUCUUUCUUCCUCUCCCUCUAUCUCUCUCUGUCCGUCGCUCUUUUUCUGUCUUUCUCUCUUUCAAUGGAAGUAUUUCUCUGAAUGAUGCCUCUGUUCCCCGUCUGUACUCCCUGAGCCUUGUGACGCCUGCCAUCCUAAGUGUUAUAGAGCAUGAGAUUCUUCUGUCCACGUUCUCGGGUAUUUAAGGACAGUCAGAGACGACUUCUCUGUCGAUUACCGAGCGAUUCAGUGUGGUGGAGAAGGAAGAGAGGAGGGGGUGUGUGUGUGUGUGUGUGUGUGUGUAUGUAUGUCUGUUUGUGUAUGUAUGCGUGUAUGCAUGUGUGUACGUUGUUUAUUUUUCUUUUCGAAGGGGGGAUUUUUUUGUAUUUAUUUUGGUCCUGUCUUUUUUAAAGAUGAUCUAGGUCUACAGGGAAUAUGUGUAUGUGAGCGAUUAUUUAUAUAUAUAUAAUAUAUAUAUAUAUAUAUAUAUAUAUAUAUAUAUAUAUAUAUAUAUAUAUAUAUUAUAUGACUUGACACUUGAUUUCAGCGCAACUCGCUUCAAGCAUGAAGUGCCAAUCAAAACAUAUAUGUGGGAUUUAACAAUAGCUGAAUAUUGGAAUCGCUAUCUGAUGUUCUUCAUGUCAUGGGGAGAUUAAAAAACGUCAUCAAGUGUAUCAUCAAGCAUUUUGUUUCCACCUCUUGUUUGAGCAAAUAUCUGCUUCAGAUCUGACGCUACGUGCAAAUCCGAUUUGAAUUUUCUACCGAGAAUGUGUGCGCGUAUGUAAAGUGUGCCGUGUUAAUAUUGUCAGGGAGUUCAUCUACCGUCUUGCUUUCUGAUAUACAGUAGACUAGGAUUAAAAAGCAAAUAUAUUUGAAGUUGUGCACAUAUAUACACACGUAUGGUUUACUUUCAAGACCGGUGUUUUAUCGCAGGGGGUCGGGUGGGGAGGGACGAUCAGAUCACACCACAUGUUACUGUAGGAUGGAACAGUGCCAUCAGUUAAAAAAAAAAAAAAUUCUGGACGUUUUCUUUUUCUUUUUUUUUUUUUCGUGUGUGUAUUCUGGAUUUACUACCAUUUGAACACAGCAAACGAGUCGUUUUGAUUUACCUCUCGACAUUGUAGGAUACAGUGCGUAUUGUGGCAAACUGAAUCCACAAUAACACCUGAUUUGAAUAUUUGUUUGUGGAAAUUUACGGUUAAUUUUUGUUCCAACUUGACUGCAGGCAGCAUUGUAAAGACCUUAGUAGCUC